UUUAGUUUUCAACUGUAGUUUCCUAUAUGAGUUUGACCUCCCUAUUAAGAACAUUUGAUUCCUAAACAUAGAUUGUUAAUAUACCACGAAUUGAGAUGAAAAAGUAUAAAGAAAGUACUAUCUUUUUAAUGUUAUUUCUGAUAAAUAUUGUGUAUUGUGACAUAUGUUAUAAUUUUUUAAAUCGUGAAGAUCCUUGUAUCACUUUAUGUGAGAAAACACCACUUUCUCUCACAAACAGCAAGUAUAUAAAGUCUUGUUGUCAACGAGGCUGUAGAUUUUUCAAUUUAGUGGACUUGAAUUAUGGACUGGAACCCAAUGGCUUAAAUGGCACUAGGGAUGCCUGUGAAGCUUCAUGCACAGAAGCAUACGCAGAACCACAAGAUCGCUAUGCUUGCAGCACUGGUUGUGACUUUAUGGCCAAACAACGUGUCUCCGACUUGUUAUCACUCUUUUCUAUUGCUAUCUAUGUAGAGGAAUAUGUAGAUUCUAACACAUUACUAAUGUAUCCUGAUAUACCAGAAAAUGAUAUUCUAACAGACCCUGGUAUUCGAAAAGAGCUUCUUCCAAGGUGGUGGGACUCCAAUGGGUUUAAAUUACCUCAAACUUAUAUCAAAACUGUUCCAAUGGAUGCCGGGACCAUGGACUAUGAAACUCCAUCAGACUAUUCAGGAGAAUCUGAACCAACUUCAUCAUGGAUACCUGGAUCCGAUUGGUUUCAGUGUGCAUCAAGACAUGCUGGUAUGCCAUCUGCACGUUUUGCUUCUGCUACAGCAGCUGCAAUAGCAUUACUUGCAGUGUGUAUGUAUUUAUAUAGAACAUAUGAUAAUAUAAGAGAAUUUGUUAUUGAUAAACAGAAAGCAUUAGGUAAAGUAACAUUGUAUAUGCCAGAUGAAGAACCAUUUCAUAAAAAGCCUCCUCCUAAAUAUACUGAUGUUAAUGAUGAAUUGGAUGUUAACUUAAAAGUUUAAGUACCUUGUUAUUGGAAUAUUAAGUAAUUUUGGAGAUUAUUAAAAUUAAAUAUAUAUAUAUAUAUAUAUAUAUAUAUAUAUAUAUAUAUAUAUAUAUAUAUAUUCACAAAAGUUUGAAUAAAAGAUAUUUACAUUACAGUUGCCCUUUACAUUCUGGCACUGUUAAAAUGUUUGCUUCUUACAAGAUGCUAUCCAACAAUUCAUAAGUUAAAUACAAGUUUUGAUAUGAUAUAUAUGUAAAAAUAAGCAACAAUUUAAUUCAUUAAUGUUUCAUGCUUUCAACUUUCAUAAGUAAUCAAUUCAAAAUUGAUUAUUCCAAAAAAGUAUUAAUUGAGUGCAAUACUGUAAAACACCAUAUAUGUUUGAAGUAUUUCAUGUCAUAAAUGUUCUUAUAUAAGUAGUUAUAAUUUUUGUUGUCUUGAAAGAAUUAUUAUGCAAUGUGAUACUAAUGCUUUUUACAUUCAAUCAAAAUAGUGAAGAUGAUUAAUGUAUGCACGAGAUAGACUGGUUUAAAGACUGUACAACUUUUUUACAUCAAUAUCAAAAGCCAUUAUAGGCACAUAUAUUAUUUUUAAUAUAAUUUAUAAGGCAAACAACUCUAUAAUAACCAAUAUAACAAUUUUCCAUAAACCACAGAUUUUAUAGAACCAAACUAUUUCUUUAUUUUUAUCACUAUAAUAAUAAAACAUGAAUAAUUGUAUCUAUGGGUACAUUGAUAGAAAUAAUCUAGAUUUAUCAUUUUUAUGAGAUAUUAUUAUGAUCCUAGAUGGAUAAUUUGUUAAUAUUAGCUGUUGACUUAAAACAUUUUUGUGACAUAAGAUUUAUGUGUUUUAAAAUAAAGUAUUUAGGAAAAAUUGAUGUUUAAUACAAUAAAUCUUUUCCAUUAUAUAAAAUUGACCCUAUUAUGUGUUAUCAUAUGCUGAUGAAUAAAAAGGUUAUUUUAUGUACAUCUUGGCACAGCAUUUAUGCUAUGUAAUAAUUGUUUUUUAAUAAUUAUAAUAAAAAUACAAUAGUAAAUAAAAUUAUAUAUUUUAUAAAUAUAAAAGAAUAAUAAUGUUAAAAUUGAGUAUUCAUAUAAUAUUACAUAAUUUACAAAGUGUUGAAUAACAAGUGAAAUGGCAUAAUAUAUCUAUUAUAUUUUAUAAAAAAAAUUAACGUUUUUUUAACAUUAUCGUUAGUACUUUCAAAAUGCAAUAAUGAGAUAUCACCAAAGGCAGGACAGUUUUUCUUCGUAUCUAAAAAAGUAAGUUCCUGCUUGUAAAAGAGAUUUUCAAAUAUUUUUACAUAACUUAGUAAUUAUUAGUAAUUAUCUAUGUAUGUAGUAAUACUAAUCUCAUAAUUCUCAUUUCUAGAAAGCAGAAAACAAAGUUUUAUCUUAUUAGUAAUAAAAAUAUGCAAUGUAAAUAUCAAAACAUUUAUUAUACAGGAAGAUAUAUCUGAAAUUAAUAUAUCGAUGUUCCUUAAAUAGAGUAUCGAAAAGAUGCUAAAUAUUUAUCUUACUAUGUAUUGUAACAAAAAUAAAAACUAUGCAAUAUUAUUAUACUACAA